CCUUAUCACCGGGGUGUCCGCCUUGUUGGAGGGGCUGGUCGUAGAGGUCCGAUGCGUCACAUUUAUUUGGGCCUUCUGCAUCCUGCUGGCGGGGAAGCGCCGGAAUUUUAACGCCCAGCCGUUAAACGUCUUAUAUGCAUUUUUUACAAGUCUGGAUCUUCGGGAUAACAAGGCAUCGAAGGGGGAAAACGCGACGCAAAGUAUGCAUUUGGAGACCAUUCGGUGUAAUUUGCUGAAGACACAUUCAGAUGUUGCGUUUGGAUUAGUAUCUAAUAUAAAACUUCACUUUGUUGAACUCUCAAACCAUGAAGAAGUUCACCCAAAAGUCUUGAACCCUCCUGCCAAAAAAGUCUUGAACCUUCAGUGUAGUCCAUUGCCCUUCCAAUGAACUAACCAUUACUCAUUGGGAUGUUUUUUGAGUAAAACCAAGUCCCAGUGAUCCCUGAACUCUAAAUUCAUACAUGUACAGUGGAAGAAUGACCGAAGCAUGGCAGCAGCAGCAUGCAGUCGCCCCUCCUCCCGUUGGGCACCCCCUUCUACAAGUGGCUGAGAAUGCCUUGGGCAGUGCUGCAUAUGGUAUUGUCCUACAAGCAGACCCUGCUUUACAACAGUCCCAGCUCGGCCAACAUGCCCAGCAGCACCCGCUGCCGGCCCAGCAGCCUUCGCUCCAGGUGGGGAGUGAAGGCGGCCAUAAAUGUGGAGUGUGCGGCCAUGAUAUAUCGCACUUGGCAAACCCCCAUGAGCAUCAGUGCAUGGUUAACCAGGACCGCUCUUUCCAGUGCACUCAGUGCAUGAAGAUUUUUAACCAGGCAACUGAUCUUCUAGAGCACCAGUGUGUCCAGGUUGAGCAAAAACCGUUUGUAUGCGGUGUGUGCAAAAUGGGAUUCUCCCUUCUUACGUCUCUGGCGCAACAUCAUAAUGAGCAUACCACGUCAAACAAUCCCAUGAAGUGCUCUAUUUGUGAGAAAACGUACGGGCCGGAUUCGGCGUCUUCUACCCCUCAGCAGCCCUCAACUGGAGAGACAUCCACCGACGGGGCAGCUAUGGGUUCUUCUUCAUCUACGGCUUUUCAGGGCUCUGACCGUCCAUAUAAGUGCUCUGUGUGCAACAAGGCGUUCCGUCACCUUUCCGAACUCUCACGCCAUGAAAGAGUGCACACAGGUGAGAAGCCCUACAAGUGCGACACCUGCGACAAGACCUUUAGUCAGGCUUCUCACCUUGCACACCACCAGCGCACUCACAGCGCAGAUCGCCCUUAUAAAUGCGCCGUUUGCGAGAAGACCUUCAAGCACAGGCAGCACCUGGUGCGACACAUGUAUGCUCACUCUGGCGAGCACCUUUUCAAGUGCAACCUGUGCGAGCUUCAUUUUAAAGAGUCCUCCGAACUUCUGCAUCACCAGUGUCAGCCUGCAGGAGAGCGUCCUUUCCGUUGCGGUGCUUGUGGAAAAAGCUUCAAACGACCCUCAGAUUUGAGGCAGCAUGAGCGCACCCACUCGGAAGAACGACCUUUCCAGUGUGAGGAGUGUCAAAUGAGUUUCAAACAGCAGUAUGCACUUGUUCGCCACCGUCGUACGCACAAAAACCCGGCGGACCGCCCUUUCAAGUGCAAUCAGUGCGACAAGGGCUUCCUGCAACCUUCUCACCUGCUGUACCACCAGCAUGUCCACGGUAUCGAGAGUCUGUUUAAAUGUGCUGCAUGCCAGAAAGGCUUCAGACAAUCUGGGGAGCUGCUAAGGCACAAGUGUACAGAAUCCAACUCUGGAUCGAGUGCUCCGGAGAAGCCUUACAAGUGCGACGUUUGCGGAAAGGGCUACAAAAAGUCGUCGACCUUACAGCGGCACCAAAACUCCCAUUGCACCGAAAAGCCUCUCAAAUGCUCGCUCUGUGGCCGUCGCUUCCAAUCCUCGUCCGAUUUUGUACAGCACCGCUGCGACCCGGCCCGAGAGAAGCCAAUGAAAUGCGCAGACUGCGAACGGCGCUUUAAGUAUUCCUCAGAGCUCCAGAGACAUCGUAGAGUCCAUACUGGAGAGAAACCCUUUAAGUGUCCUACCUGUGACAAAGGGUUCAAACAGCGUGAACACCUGGCCAAACAUGGGAUCGUCCAUUCCCGUGAAGCUCAGUUCAAGUGCGUUUGGUGUGGAGAGUGUUUUGGUGAGCUUGGGGCCCUUCAGGAACAUACAGUUCAACACACGGCAGAAGGAGGGGGUUAUUCUGGAUCUUCAUGCAUAGAGUAGUUGACCCUUGACUAACGACAAUGAACAAUGUGCAUUAGCAACAUCGCAAUUUUUCCUACAUGUAAAAAACUGUUAACAUAAGUUUUACAUAUCCCACAAGCAUUGCAGUUCUUGUUGGACUGGCUAAGAACUACAAAAAAGUGAUCGCUUGUAGACGUCUUGAAGCUUAUGGGCAGAUAUCGGCAAUGUUACUCCAUGGACAGAAACUUGACUUCGUUCCAUACCAACCGUAUUGAAGAACCGAUUCAAACAUUUAUAGGUUGCUACUUAAAAAUAAGCUUGUCAUAAUGAACAAUUUUGUUCCUUGUGCUACUCAUGAUACAAUGCACCACAUGCUAUGCUUUAAAAGUGGUGUUCUAGCAAAGAAGACUAAUUGGAUCAUAAAAGAAGUCGAUGCAUUUUAGUUCAGCUCAGUAUCUAAGGCCAUGUCCAGACUAAUACAUUUUCUUUGAAAAGGGAUGGAUUUUGCUACGUUUACGCCUCUCAGCCACACUAGAAUGGUGUUUUCCUCCACCAAAAAAUGGAGGCUUUAGAAAACGCUCCCUGUAAUCGCAUACUUUGGAAAAUGACAAUGUUAGGAAACAAGGAGGUUUCAAACUUAAACUGAUUAGUUUGGACGUGGCCUAAAAUAAAACAAAUAGUGCAGCUAUCCGAGCAAGGUUUUCAGAUUGAUUUCAAUUGGUUUACAAGAUAUGAAGGGUUUAAUCUAUGGACCUGCGCAUUGGUCUUUAUAUGAUUGACCAGAACUUGAUGACUCAUUGCAUUUAUUUUCCUUUAAUUGAUAAUUUGGCCUUGGACUUGAACUGCCUUUCUUCUAGUGCUCUCCAUCUACAGUCUCAUGCUUCCAUGUUAACCAUGGGACGUGAAAACUGUAUGGCCAUCUGGACAAUAUAGUGAUUGUAUGUACUCGUAAUGUAUAACUUCACCUAACCCAUGAUGUAACAGGGUAUAUGUAUGCAUGAAUAGCCUAAAAUAAUUUAUACUGUUUGUUGUAAUCUGUCAUUGGUGCAUACUGCUAUGUUAACUUGUAGGAGAAGGACUACAAAAAAAUAUCUAACCUUUUUUUAUUUUUAUUUUUUUUUCCUCUUGUGAAUUUCGAUUAAUCUCUAACAAUAACAUUAGUUUGCAAGCAGUUGUUAUAGUACAUUUACAGUGACUUAAGAACUGCCAGGCAACAGAGAAAUAAUAAUGAAGUAUAUUUGUUUGGAGAUUGGCAAACAAAUGGUGUUACGUUAGCUAAACGAUGCUGUAGAAGUUGUAAAGUUAUCUGUUUAUGGAUGUUUUGUAGCGCUUUGAGUACAGUGGUAGGAAUUAGUAUGUUUGUGUAUCUGCAUCAUAAACUGUGGACUGUGCAUCUGUGAUUGUUUCUUCUCUUGCAAGGAUGCGUUAUUUCUGCUUUGGUAAAUUAUUCUUUUGCCACAGAGAACUUAUUCAUUUUAUCUGCCACUAAUUCUUUGUUUGCUCUUUGCUUCAGUAGCAAAAAUAUUACAAAUGCCAUACAUCAGUUGGUAUUUCGUUUUGUGCAUGCCUCAUUGGAUCCAUUGAUGGAACUUUUUAUUUGGGUUAAAAUACUGAAACCAUGCAUGGAUAGAAGUGCAUAUUUUGAGACAAAAUUGCACCGUAGGCAAUCAGCAGCUGUUGUAAUUAUAAAAAUCCUAUGAAUAAAAUCCAAGAGUACUAGUACUGGCAAUAUGUUAAAGAAAUCUGUAAACAGAAGUAUUAAGUAGUGGUAGUGUGUUUUAUUCCAUCUUUAAGAUCUUCAAAAACUCUUACGAUACAGUAUCUAAAUAACUAAAGCAUUUUAAUUGAAUCCAUAUUAAUGGCAUAUUAUGAUCCUAACAGCUUGAAUGUAAAUAUUGGGCACAUUUGUCCCUUUUGAUGCAUCUGAAAGCCUAAUACAUUUUUGGCUUAUGUGACGGUAUUGUUUGUUCUGUUACAGUUUCAUGUUAUGUUUAUGUGCAUAAAAUGCAGUAAGAGAAUGAAUGGUGUCAUUUGCUUGUGAAGCAAUAUUUUUGAUGUCAAGUCAAUUAACAGGUUGAUUCAGAAUUAUUUGUUCUUUUGUAUUUGAUCUAGAACAGAUGUCAUCCCUACCAUCUAACUCCUGUAUGUCACUCAACCCUUUACUUUUAACCUCUUUAUGCGUGUUCCAGAGAAGGCAGUAAACAGACUGAUGUUGUAAAUAUGCCAUAAUGUAUUUUUUUCUCAUUAUCACAAAUGUGUGGCAUGUCAUAACCUCAUAAGCCAUUUAAAAAAGAAUAAAUGUUUGUAAACAUAUAACUUGGAAUUAUUUGUAAACAGCACACAAAUUAAAUGAUGACUACUUUAUCUGCUCAUUAUUUUACAAUUUAUAGCCAAUAAUGUGAAGCAAUACUACAGAAUAAUAUUUAGGCUGAGUUUGAAAUGGCAUGCAACCACUACUUUUACUAUCUCUGCCAUUAUUUAUAUAUAUAUAUACACACACACACACACACACACACACACGCAACAGAAUAAAUAAUAGUAUGCUGAAAAUGAAAUGGUAGUUGUAUGCUAUUCUGAACUCAGCCAAAAUGUGAAUUAAUUUCUUAUGGUUUUGUUUACGUGUCAAGUACAUAAAUGUUACACCAUUACUCUCAUAGUUUUUGUAUAUGCAGUCAAAAAUACAAAACCAUGCAUUAUUGACUAUUUUUCAUGAUUCUGAGCUUUUAUAUAAACAUACAUUUGAAUGUUUUGAUAAUUGUUUCUGCUAUCUGUCGGUCACUCUUAUCUAUCUAAACUCAGCAAAAAAGAAACGUCCUCUCUCUUUCAACUGCUUUUAUUUACAGCAAAAUUAACAUGUGU